AUGGCGGGAAACGAACAGUUCGAUGAAUAUUUGGGAGGAUCUCAAUCCUUGCCACCUGAAGUUCACAUUAUGAAACUUGUUUCUGCAAGAGCUAGCGAAAUUGCUGCGAUGACGUAUUCUAUAGAGAAUCCUCAGCAAACGAAACUUGUAUUUCAAAAGUUGCCGGUGUACAUGCGCAGACGCGUCAUGUCCCAUAAUGCCAAGCGUUUGCCGCGUAGAUUACGAGAGGCACAUUUGAAUCAAAUGAAAAAAUCUGGAUUGCCGCCCAAAGUUAAAAGACCAUCACGAAAAUAUCGCAGAAGACCGCGAAAUUUACUGGCAGAGUACACUCGAAGACAACGAAGUAAAAUUUGGUUGGAAACUCACAUUUGGCACGCGAAGCGUUUUCGCAUGAUCGAAAAAUGGGGCUACAAAAUCGCAAGUUACGCGAACGAUAAAUGUUUCAGAGCCAAUUAUCGCGCUGUAGCGAGACACUGCUUGAUGCAAGAUAUUUCGUAUUAUACGUGUGUCGAAAUUAAUGGUCCUGAAGAAAUUUUGAAAGAAACUUUAAAGAGCCAUUGUAAUCCAUUGGAAUUGUCAUUUGCCGCAAAGAUUUUUAUGACAGGUACUCGAGAAGGAACCGUGAUGUUUUUUAAAAAGAACGGCUAUCCUCGAUUUCCGAUUGGUCACGUACAUUUUUUAUGGAGACCAAAUCAAUCUAAUUUAAAAAUAAUUUGGAUAUGGGUGCAUCCAUCUUUUCUCGAUGACUUUGUUGCGGAAAUUACAUCCAGUUUUGAAUUCAAGUCAGACGAGGCGCAUUCUACUUCUUCAGAUGAUCGAUUUACAAAAUCUUGUUUAUAUAUCAAUGAAAAGAAUUGUACGAUGAAUAUUUAUAAGAAUACUUUUAAUCGAUUUCGUUUUUACGGGCCGUUAACUCUAAGAGUCUUAACGGAAGCUCUCAGUUUGCCGAAUUUCGAUGAAAACUUUUAUACGAAAUUGAAUAUAGAGCAAUUUGACGAUGAUCAAAUGGAAUGUGAAGAUGAGAGUCAGAGUUCUGAUAAAUUCUGGCAUAUUGAAUAUUACAAUAAACAGGAAAAUAUGGAAUCAUUGAAAAUUCAGAAACAACUAUGGCAAACGUUAAAGACGUUGCCCUCGCCUAGUCAGUUGCCACGAAAUGUUGUUCUUGGCUUCACAGUCUUAGACCCACGAUUUAAUUUACCUAAUAAAAGAACUAAACCUCAAAGAGAAGCACAGACAACUGAAGCAAUGUUAAUGUCUCUUCUAAAUGCAAAUCUUAGUCCAAUUUGGGAGCAGGAAAUAAGACAGAAAGUCAGUAAGAUAUGUGCAACAACUAGUGCAAUUAAUAAAAUGAGAAGUAAAUGUUUAGUACCUGGUUUAAGUAACGAUAAACAUUUUAAUGAAGGAAUCAUGGCAAAGAUACCUAUACUACUUAUACAGAGACCUGGAAUGGGUAAUACAGGUUUGUGUUCUGGAAUAGAUAUUAUUUUUCCAUCCAAUUGGGCAGUACCAUUCUGGAUUGCUUGCAUAUUUCGUUGUGCAAGAGUUGGUGCACUCAGAGAAUCUAAAUCCAUAGCAUUUGAGUACGAAAAUAUGCAGUCACCAGAUGUUAAUGAUCCAGAUACACCUGUCUAUACAAGAGAAGCAUUGAGUACAAAAUUAGAGUUAAAAGAAAAAUAUUUUCGGUAUCCACCAAACAGACGCGUAAACUUUACUAAAUUUGGAAUUUCUAGUCCUUUCUUUUGUGAAUGGAAAAUUUUAAUGAAAGAAUGGGCAGAAACGGAAGAAUUUUUUGUCCUAAGGAACCGUAAAUUAUUAAAAUUGUUACAAGAUAGAUUGCCGGUUAAAGAAGGUAGUAGAAAAAAAUAUGAUAAAUCAAACAAUCUCACUCUGCAAAAUGCAUUUGAGAGCAAGAAUUGUUUAGUGCGUGUUAAGGUAUCUAUUGUACAAAGGGGGUGUCCUAAAAGGUUUGCAAUUAUAUGUAUGCCAACUAAUGAAGAUAUAGAAAAGUUUAAGAACAGUAGAUAUUGGUCAGGUCCUGUAGAAAAAUUGAACGUUGAUCCAAAUGAAAGUGUUCGAAAGAUAUCGCGAAAAAAUCACUUAGCUCUUUUAAAAAGAUUAAAGAGGCAAAGAAUAUGUCAUAAAAAAUCACUGAUUGAUAAGUUAAGCAAGAUAUUGAGCAAGGAACUUGAAACUUUUAACUACAAUGAUAAAUCCAAGAGUUUAUCGGAAAUAAACCGUAAAGUAGUGUACGAGCAAUCUCAAAAAAUGUCGCAAUUAUAUCUUCCAGAGUGUACAAAUGUAAGAUAUUCCUGUGAUAGGGAAGUAAUGGGAUAUGUAACUAUGGGUGACUUUUCUUUUACAGAAGCAAAGGGUAUAGGUUUAGGAUAUACAACAUUAAAUUCAUUAAUUGAAUUAAUUAAUAAAAAUCACACUUUUGUCCUUGUCAGGAAUAUCCAAACAAAACAAUAUAGAAUUGCUAAAUUAGAAGUAACAAUUUAG